AUGAAGGAUAAGACUAAAAAAUGGGAACUGAUAGCCGUCAAAGGAAAGGCAUCCUAUUUGAAAAAUCGCAGUCAACGUCUGUUGAAAGAUCGUAUGAGCAAAUAUCGUCUUGUUGAUAAUCGAGGGAUGGUGGUGGAAGAUAUGCAUGAGGAAGAGCCAAGUACAUCAUCGAGUGUGCCAUCUCGCCCUUCUACUUCCAAAAAUGGCCCUGCCGUAUCUCAUCUCACGUCCCAUAUAUGGGGAACAGGCCCGGAAGCAAUACCGCGGAUCACAACAAAAAGAUUCGGAAAAAUUUCUGAAUACCCAAGUACAUCAUCGAGUGUGCCAUCUCGCCCUUCUACUUCCAAAAAUGGCCCUGCCGUAUCUCAUCUCACGUCCCAUAUAUGGGGAACAGGCCCAGAAGCAAUACCGCGGUCACAACAAAAAGAUUCGGAAAAAUUUCUGAAUACUUCGUUGGCUCCAUCUGCGAUCGCUCCCUGUGCUCCCCGUACUCCGUGUCUUCGACGAUGUCCACCUUCUAAAGAAGGGGAACCGGGUUGGAACGAUACCAGUAGUGGUUAUGCUACAAUGAAUGGAGAUUUACCGAUGAGCACACCGAAGAACUACGACAACGCAGUUCGCGCUUACGAAAAUUGUCAGGGACUUCCCAUUCCUGAAACAGUGGAUGCGGUCCUUGAUGAAGUCACCAGAAAUGCUCGAGGUGUUUCAUCAAAUGCACCGGCUAGCAGCGCCACAAUCUCCGCUGCUGUUCUCGAGACAUCUAUUUGCUCAUCAGUGAACUCGUCGUUGGCUGUGGAUAGCCACUCGCUGGCGAGUCGUAUGGAAUUGACUACCCUUCCUAAUGUUACGCGGUUCUCUGAAGUUGCUGUUAAGGAAGAACCUGGAGAAAGCCCUCCACCUGAUGCACUUCCAAGUCCACCACAAUUCGACCAGACCAUGAAUGCUUGUCAAAGAGAUGAUGCAGCGGGAGGGAAGGUUGUUGGAGAGAAGGAGCGUGAAGAAUUUUGGGCGCUAGGAAUAGCAGAGAUGAAGAAAGGCCAUGAGAUAAUUGAAACAAGAUCUAAGAUUGAAGGUCUCCAGAAGCAGCUCUUUGAAGCCACCACCUUUCUCCAACAGCUGGAGGUCGAGAUGAACGAAAUUCUCCGCAGGAAGUCUGAGUUGCUUGGAUUACCGGUCCCUAGUACACUUAUAUCUGAUUUGCGAGUGUCGUGGAUUGUCGUAGUUGUGCGACGAUCGGCUCUACUUCCCGAAUGGCUUUCGUUCUUGAUUCAGAGAGGAGCUCGGAUUCCAAUGGACUACACAUGA